AUGAUAUCUAAAAAAAAUGUGACCAUAAGUGAAGGCGAUGGAGAGCGGCCUUCAUGCUCACCUUGUCAGAAAGGUAGCCGCAGAUGCGAGUGGCCUUACUCUACAGCUCCUGCCUCGUCACAGAAUGGCCUAACACUUCCACUACAAACCCCAUUUGUUUCAACAGAGAGCCCAGAAAUAGCACUGCAGGAUAUCGAGGUAUUCCGCUUAUUUCGCCAUUACACCACUAGCCUCGCUUCGUGGUACGAUCUGAAUGACCGCCAUCGACACUUUCUGGAUGUUGUGCCCGUGAGAGCUCGACAGAGCCCACUCCUCUUGAGUGCCAUCUUGGCCUUCUCAGCAGUGAGCUUACAUAAAUCUGAUUGCGCAGAGUAUAUGGAUAAAGCGGAAUUUUAUCACCUCGAAAGUGUGCGAAUUCUACUUGAAAUAACAAAGAAUAUCCAGACUGUCGUCUCGAACGGCGAAGUCCUAGCGGCGAUUUGUCUGCUGCGCUCGUAUGAGAUCAUAUCUCUGAAUCUCAGCUCCCAGAGCCACUUGCAGGGCUGUUAUUCCAUCUUAUCCAGCCAUCCCAUCAAAUUGGAAUCGGGUUUAGUCCGUGCAGCGUUUUGGAACUACCUCAGAGAAGAUAUAACAGUUGCCCUGAUUGAAAAGCGAAGGCUCAUGAUCGAACUUUCGGAUGAGCACUACCCAAAACUUGAAAACGACGACGACUAUGCUAAUUACGUGACUGUGCUUCUGGGACAAGUCAUCAACCAAUGCUUUGGGAAUGACGUAGACCCUCUAGAGCUGUCAAGGUGGAAUUCACUCGAACAGAACCUUGAGACUUGGAAGAAUUGUUUGCCGACUUCAUUUGCACCGAUUAUAGUAAAGCUGCCAAAUGAAGUGGGAAGCGCCUUUCCGUUCAUAGGAGCCUUGCAUCCUUGGCAUGUCGCGGCCUGGCAGUACUAUCAAACCGCGAUGAUAGUUUUGCUCUUAGCAAGGCCACAGCUACAAAACAACACAAAGAUGGAAAAUAUUCGACAUCUCUCGGGAUUGACUAGAGAUCUUGAGAACCGCACAUCAGAGAUAUGUGCGUUAGCUUUGUCAAGUGAAUCUCAAGCAGUGUGGAUCAACGCCUUUGGACCGAUAGCCUUUUGUGGUUGCUGGCUUCGAGACCAGAAUCAAGUCUCCGAAGUGGUCCAGGGAGUGCAAGAUUGGGGAGUUCAGACCGGAUGGCCAGUCAAGAAUAUUGUACAAUCCUUACAAACUGACAAAAGUGUUGCUGACGGCUUUUAA